GGCGUCGCCGUACGUGAUGAUAUCACACAAACUCAUCCCUAUUGCUCUUGUGUUCGCCCCCUUCCAGCACCGAACCGAACCGGGACUGUGUCUUACGUCACAACUACGUCAUGGGGGUGAGAAAUGAGGUGGAUUGGGCUCAAAAAGGACAUGUGGGGGUACCUGUAAUGUGUGGAGUUAAUUUAUUUCAAUUUUAGGCACUAGUAAAGGCCCCCUGGAGUUCUAUCGGUAUGCAUGGAAAAUGUGCAGGCUAUUGGGCCAGGUAUCCCAUAUUAAGGAUGUCUGGCCCUGGUAAGCACUCAUAGAGGGCAUUGGGGUAGGUUAGUGAGUGUAGCUUAUUGGGUGCAACUGGAGAAUAAGGAGAGGUAAGUUUUUUUUGGGGGGGGGCAUUUUAGUGACCUCAAAAUAUAGCCCUUAUACAUCAUCUAUUUUUGUUUUGAAGCAUCCAGCUGUGAAAUUGUUGGGAAAGAAAUAGCAGUUAUAACCUAGAAGCUUACUUUAUGCAUUCCAGAAUGCUGUGUUUCUAGUAGAGUUUACAAGGAAACCUCACCAUUCUCCACAUUCUUUGUUGCUCAGAGGAAAUCUGUACGGGCAAAGGAGAAGAAGCAGAAGCGUCAAGAGGAACGGGCAGCUAUGGCUGCAGUCUGUGCCAAGGUGCAGGCAGCCAAUCAGGCAAGUCCCGUUAUGCAUUAAUGUAAUUUAAAUAUUUGUGGGUGCUUGCUGGCCAGUUAGCUUGUCCAGUAGUUUUGGUUUACAAACUUCUCAUCUUCCGUUUUCAUUCUCUCUGUAGCUAGGUGACCCACUUGGGGCAUUUCCGGUCUUCAAAAAGUACGACAGGAAUGGGUGAGUGGGGGAAAGGGAAGACAUUAGAUGAUGACAGGUUAAAAAGAAGAGAAAAAUUAAUUUAUGAGAUGUUAUCGGGGUCCCAGAUUCUGUCAUAUUUCUUUUAUCCCACCCUCAGGUUAAAUCUAACGAUACAGUGCUGUAAGGUAGCAGACUUGGAUGAGAAGACUCUGGAUUGGGCAUUUGAACUCACCAAGAAAAACAUGCAACUGUUGUAAGUGCCCCUGUGGUGCCCUCUUUACCUAAUAUGCCAGCCGUGAGGGCCGGGCACCUUAUCCCUUAUGUGGCCUGCACCAAUGGUGUCAAGCUCACUCUCCCUUUGGCACACAGGCAUCCUGGGAGAACCCAGUCUCUGAUGCCCAUGGAUGUUUCUGUAGGUAUGAGCAAAGCGAGUGGGGAUGGAAGGAGAGGGAGAAGCGAGAGGAGAUGACAGAUGAACGAGCCUGGUACCUUAUUGCCCGAGAUGAGCUUGCUGCCCCUGUCGCCUUUGUGCACUUCAGAUUCGAUGUGGAGUGUGGUGAUGAAGUUCUUUACUGGUGAGUUGGUGAUGAUUAUUACUAGUUGCACUGUAUAAUUGUCAAAAUAUAAUACAUGUGUUUUGGUAUCUGUCUUUCAAACCCUCUGUAUGUAUGUGGUACUACCUUUGUAUCUUGUGCUAUUCUGUAUACCUUAAUUUCUACAGAUUUUGUCUAUAGUAGAAGUAGGCCACUGGACCAGCAAUUGUAGACUUGGGUCACUUCUUUUAAUAGGAUUAUUCACUAAACUGAGAAUUGACCCCCAGCAGCGAUGUUAGGGGUCUGUAUUCCUUAACGUUCCCAGAUGGUUACAGUGCCACUUUAAGUUUCACAAAAUGUAAUAACCUUUUCAAAAAAUGAGAAGUAAAAUACUAAAUUUGAAAUUCUCAUUUAAUUCCUGACCAUUCCUAGUUUACUGAUUCCACUGAAAUUCCACAGCAAGCAGGAGUAUUUCUCUGGUAUUUAGGUGCAUGCUUACCUUCAGCGCCGCUCUCAGCUCCUUCACAUCGGGAUCUUUUCCAAGCUAAUUUUGUGAACGGGGAGUCACUGAUUGGCUGAGACGCACCCCUGCACUUUGCAAUUGUAGACUUCGUUCACUUCUUCUAUUAGGGCUAUCCACUAAAACGAUGAUUCAGAUUGAUUUUCACAUUUAAGGCCAAAGUAGCUGAACUGAAAGCAGAGCUGAAUUAGAGAAUUUUUCUUCUCUGCCUGCAAGGGGAAGAUUCUAAUGUCUGUUGUCAGUGUGCAGUGCAGGCUGACAAUAGACUUAAUUUAUGCAGACACACACUCAGUGAUAGUCGCACACAUUCACUGACAAACACACACACAUAUUUACAAUUAUUAUUUUUAGAUUUAAAUCCACCCAGGCUCCCUACUUCUGGGAUAGCUGGGUUGAUUUUUUUUUUUUUUUUGUAUUUUUUUUUUUGUUGUUUUUGUUACCUGGGGUUCAGUGGGUACCUGGUAAGUGAAGCCGGGAGCCUCACUUCCAGCUCCUGGCAGCACUGUAGAUCGCAUGAGGGAGCUGAGAAGGAAGAGCUCAGGGGAAAGUGCUGCCUCACCACCCGCCUGGAACACACAUAGCUGCCUGCCCCGUGGGGGGCCCAAAGGUGGCCUGUCGGCCAGCUCUUGGGCCCACAUAAAACAAGUCUAACAAUGCAUUAGCCUGGAAAGUGUCGGCCAAGGUAAAUGCCUUGUUAGCCUUGCGGUACAUACAACUCUGAAUUUAUGCGCAAUGUCACAUGUGCUAGGGUUGCAACUAGACUCGGCACACAAUUAGGAUUAACUCAGUAUGUGCAGUGUUUCAAGCUGAAACAUUGUACAUACUGAACCCUACACUGAAGUGGUCAUGGGGCUUGGAGUAACCCUUUAACUGAGCCAGUCUCUAUGCUCUGCUGUGUAAAAUGUAAUAUCUUUAAUUUGAAAAUUAUAUAAAUUUUCUUUGCAUCUUCCUAUUGGCUAAAUUUAUAAAAUGUAAUACAGAUAACUAUAAGCUGUUGUAAAACAUACUUUUAGCUAUCAAUAGAAUGGUUUACUUGUAUCAAAGACUUACAAGAUUAACGAAGAGGAAGUUAACCAAGGAAUGUUAGCCAAACUGAAUAAUAAUUUUCCGUCAGUUCAGCUGUUUUUACUUUCAGUUUAAAACUUCCUGGUAAAUACAUGGGGAUUACCACAGUAGUGCAUAAUCCUGAAUAUGCUUCCCUAAAAUGUACGUGUUAUGAAAUGAUGCCUCAUUAUCUUGGCUUUAUACUUACAAUUAAAGAAAGGAAUGAGUAAAGAAUAAAGCCUUGCUGUGCUAUUGAUGACAGUUCAGUCUCUCUUUUUGGUGGAAUUCGUGAGCUGUGAGCAUUGGUCAAUGUAUGUUAGUACGGAAAGGGUACUUGCACUCUAGUGAUUUUUGUGAAGAGUCGCUGCUCCACUGGCAUCAUGGAUUUAACUCUUAACACUAAGGAACACUUGAAACAAUAACCACUACAGUGGGAUUUAGUGGUUAUGUUACUUAAAGUUCCCUUUUAAGUGCAAAUGUUGUGUACACAUUGAGAAAAGCAAAGUGUCUUGUUGAGUUAACUAAUUAAACCUGCCCUGAAUCAAAUGUUUCAAAUUUGACCAUUUGGCACUUUCCUUCGUUUUGUGUACUAUCCAUACUAAUCAAGCUCAUGUCUUUUCUCUAUCUAUGUUUUCCAUUCCAUAUCAAUUACAUAUGUGAUUACAAUGGCAUAUCAAUUUGAAUCUAAACCUUUCUCUGUCUUGUUCAUUUUCCCCUUACAGUUACGAAGUCCAAUUAGAGGUCCGUGUCCGCAGGAAAGGAGUGGGAAAAUUCCUGGUGCAGAUUCUACAGCUGAUGGCUAAUAGGUGAGCAGACGGAGUAUAGCUGACUUGGUCCUUCAAAGUGGAGUGAGAGACUUAAAAUACAUAUAUUUUAAUUAUUUCAUACCAAUACCAGCAUAUUAGUAGAUUAUACAGAGCAAUCCAAUAGAUUAGGCAAGUGUAUACGUUUUAAAAUAUUUUGGGGUUACUUCUCCAUAAAGGCUUUACUGCCUAGUGCUAUGCUUAUUUUUUUUAUUUUUUUUUUUGCAAAGUUACAUCAUUUAAUCCAGACCAGGCUCACCCUCUGCAUGAGGACAACCAGUCUGUGAAAUCCCCAUAGGAAAGCCAGGGGGCACUAUAGUGUUAGAAUACAGAUUUGUAUUCUUAACUCUAUAGAAUCCCUUUAAUCUCCUCAUUAUAUCAACAAAUGAUUAAAAGUAUCAAAAAAAAAUAUGUAUAUGUUUUUUUGCUUGGAAUGACGGUAUUAAUGUUCAAUUUUCACAUUUCAAGCAAAGUCAAAUUUAAGACUUUUUUAUUUAUAAAGGAAAACUUCAAGCAUCAUAAUUAUUACAGCCUGAUGUAGUGGUUAUAAUAACAUGAAUGCCUGGUGCCCACCCAUUGUAGGUAGUUAAACUGUUUGUUUGACUUCUUACUUGAGGUCUUAGAAUUGCUACUCCCCCUCUCCUCUCUGCAGCCAGGAGAGCGAGAAGUUCCUUCUUAGGAGCUUCUAUUAGCUCUUAUUGGGUAAUUCCUGCAGGGCUAGCUCAUUGACUGUGUCAUCUAAAGCAAGGAGCGGCGUCUGCUAUACUGCAGGUAAGAAGUCAUACAGUUUGACCACUUACUUUGGGAGAAGUCAGGGUCCUCCUGACAGGGUGAUGUAGUGGUUAUGGUGCUUGGCAUGUUCUUUUUUUAAAGGGAAGAUCAGGGAAGUGGUAGUUCCCCGUUUUAAAGCGGUACUGACAUUGUUUAGGGACUUUGCAAAGACCCACGAUGGUGACAUUGCUGCUGGGGAUCUGCUGGCCAGGAGAAGACAGGCAAAGGUGAGUUCUACUUACCUGAACCUGUCUCUUGGGAGGUGCCGCCAUCCUCUUCCAGCGGGCCCUCUUCUGGUCUUGGUGCUACAGAGUAUAGCAUUGAGGUUUAUGGAGCAUCCAGUGGGAUCCUCCAUAGGUAGAACCAAUUCUGUGCAAAUGUCACUGGUGAUUGACACUUAUUGACGGCAGUACCUCUGUCUAGUAUUGAGACAUUUAUGAUUUUGGCUAGAAAUAGAAGUGGGGGGGGGGAAAGGGGAAGUGAAGAGGAAGCAAUUGGAAAAAGAUAAGUAUAGCUUGAUAGUGUCACUUUAAGCCUAAAGCCUGUAUGAGCCAAGUAUAGUCUCAUUAUGUUUAUCUGACCUAAGAAGGCAGCUCUGUCUUCCCUCUGUCACAGACCAGGCCUGGCUCAGUGGCACAAAUAAAGUAAGGAGUUGGGUUUCAGCAGAGUAAAAGUACAAUGUGUAUGGUUGAAAAAUACUGGAAAAUUAUUUAAAAAUGUUGGCAGAAAUUAAUUGAAAAUGGCUUCAAUGAUUGGCUUAAAAUACCCCAUAAAUGUUCCCUUGCAGCUUUUUAGAACAGACAUGGUAGAUCUUUAUCUUCCAUGACUGGCAGGGGGCAGUCUCUACACCAGGUCCCAUGUCUGGAUUUUCCUGGAGACUGGGAUUUGUCAUGCCCUGUUUUAUAGGAAGAUAUUCAUAUCCUUGCCUUUUAAUUGUUUUUAUUAUCUGUUGCUCAAUGAGUUUACACAGAAUUUUUCUAUCCUGCCCUUUUUUCUUUUUAUAGCACACAGAUGAAAAAAGUAGUCCUCACAGUGUUUAAGCACAAUCAUGGUGCUUACCAAUUCUUCAGAGAUGCUUUACAGUAAGUUUGUGGGGGGUGGGGUUCCCUUCAUUGUGCCUUUUUUAUUUUUUUGGCGUUGCCUAUAUCUUCAUACCUCAUGUUUACUGUAACUAUCUCCUAUCACUUAGGUUUGAAAUAGAUGAAACCUCUCCCAGCAUUUCAGGUUGCUGCAGCGAUGAUUGCACAUAUGAAAUUUUAAGUCGCAGGACAAAGUUUGGAGACACAACACACUCGCACUCAGGACAGUGUGCAGGGUGCUGUCACUGAACUUAUUUGCGGGAUGGACCUGUGGAAAGAUUUUGAGGGACACAGCAAUUGUCUUUUUUAUUUUGUUGUUGUUGUGUUGGGGUCCUUUUUUUUGUUUUUGUUUUUUAUUCUUUUUUGUUUUUUUUUAUAGUUUUUAUUUGAAUACUGUGCUGUUGUGCACAUGUGGAAUUCUUACUAUAAAUUCAAUUCUUUUAAUGUUAAAUAAAUUCUUCUUUAAAUCCUAACUUGUCCACAUAUCAUAAGUUUU